GCAGUCUGAGAUCUACCAGCCUAGCAAUUACUCUUGAUGAUGAAAACACAUCUAUAGCCACAGAUGCAAUAACUACGCUGAAUUCGUCCUCUCCCAUGGGUCCGAUUUGAUGCCGCGCUACAUGUCCAUAUCUCAAAUUCCAGAGUGAGCUGUCCCGAUAUUAGGUGGGCUGAGUGGUCUCCGUUCUGGCAACUGUAUUAUCGAAUCCAAGACUGACUGGCCCAAUCGGGCGACAUUUUGCGCGCUGAGCUGCGCAGCCCUGGACAUGUUAUUUCCAAGCUUCAGGCUCCACAGCCUCAUGGAAUACAGGGAACUUAUAGGGCCAUUCCCAAAUUUCAAAGGAACCGCAAUUUGAGCUGUCGCCAAGCUGCCUUUACCAGAGAAGGAUGCUUUCGGCGCGCAUGGGCUAUAUAUUGCCAGCAAUGUCAAUUGAACUGAGGAGUCAAUGCCAAACAAUUCAACUUCUUCAGUGACAGCUACUAUCACCAAGGUACACAAUGCUAGUCCCUCUAACUGCCUUUGCCUUCGCCGCUGGCACCCUGGCGACAAAGGGGAUCUUCCACCAUCCCAUUGCGAAACCUGCUUUUGAAGUUGAACUACUGUCAGGCCUCCCAUACAACAUCACAGUGCCCGGCGGCGAUAACGUCGCAAUAGUUCCUAACAGGGGUGGUAAAGUCUCUGGUGCUUUCAAUGGGGAGAUUAUUGGAAACCUGACCGGGGCGCGCGAGACCUUGCUUCCAUCUGAAGACGGUGAAUACACUCGAUGGGAGGACGACCUCGUCUUCAUUAAUGCCGACAAUGACCGUAUUCUAGUUUCGAUAACUGGAACAGUUACCUAUGCCAACGAGGCGCUUCAUGGAUUCGGAUAUGUUACCUUCAAAACUGCUAUCCCAGGUCUUCUGUGGACGAACUAUGCGAUGUUUGUGACCGAGUGGAUGGCUGACUUUUAUACUGGUACUGGCCAGGCUGAGAUAUUCCAUAUUACAACCGGUGGUCGAUUGGAUGGGGAACCAAUUGAUGCUCUUCUUCCUCCGGGAGAGGCAUGAGUGUAAUAUAGCUAGAUGAUACCAGUGGAAUUAUGACACUUUGUGCAUUUUCAAGAACAAGC